CUCGAUUCACUCCACUCUGCCCAUCUCGUCACUCACCAACGCGCUUGUUUAUAAUCCUCGCCGCCAUGGGUUUCAAAGGUCAAAUCGCUGCCAUUAUUCUGGCUUUGAGUCUGGAGGUCUCUCCAGCGGCCGCCGCUUUCAACUUGAAACGGACCUACAGCGGCUCGAACUUCCUGGACCAAUUUUACUUUAGAGACACAGCCUACUUUCACAGCAUAGGCAUUGAGUCCGGAGACCCAACAGAUGGCUUCGUCGAUUAUCAGUCACAGUCAGCCGCCGCGUCCAAAGGUCUGACAAAAGUCCAGUCUAACGGCCAAGUUUAUCUUGGCGUGGACUACACCACCAAGCAUGCAACCUCAGACCAAGGCAGGGCUUCGGUCCGCCUGGAGUCUAAGGAAACGUUUGGCCCAGGUUCUCUCCUGGUAGCAGACAUUGCGCACAUGCCAGCCAAUGGAUGCGCCAUCUGGCCCGCCUUCUGGUCGUACAACUUUGGCGAGAACCCCAUGGGUGAGAUCGACAUUAUCGAGGGAGGCGGCGCCGCCGGGCUGCAAGACAAGAACAUUGUGUCGCUGCACACGUGCAGUGCGUGCCGAUUCACCAACAUUGGAGGCUCAGAGGAAAGGCCAAACUGUGCUCUUGGCGGUGACUGCAGCGACAGCGCUACGAACUGGGACGGCUGCGGCUCAACAGGAAACUCCCAGUCAUACGGUGACGCCUUCAACGCGGCAGGCGGCGGCGUGUACGCCACAUACCUGCAGGACAACCGCCUGCGCAUCUGGUCGUGGCCCAAGGCCUCCGUGCCCGCCGACCUGACCAGCGGGUCCCCCAACCCGGAGAGCUGGGGCACGGCGUCCUCGGACUUCAAGACGUCCAACGGCGGCUGCAACAUCGGCGACAACUUCCAGGAGCAGACCAUCAUCAUCAACACGGACUUUUGCGGCGCCAUGAUCGACGACGGCACCUGGAAGGCCGUCUCGUCCUGCAGCAGCCAGGAGAGCACGUGCCGUGCGUUCGCGGCGGGACACCCUGACGCCUUCAAGAAUGCGUACUGGUUGUUCAACUCGAUCAAGCUGUACGAGUCGACGGGCACUGACCAGAAGGUCAGCGUCGACGGGAACUGUGCGGGCGUGACUGCGCAGACGUGUCAGGGGUCGACGUUUGGUAACUGUUGCAGCCAGUACGGAUACUGCGGGUCUACGUCUGCGUAUUGUGGGACUGGUUGCCAGCCAGGGUUCGGAACAUGCUCGUAA